UAAGCCUAUGAUUUACAGCAAGCCUGUUUUCCCUCUUGCUUAGGGUGGCAGCAGAAAGCUUGGGGCGCUUUCCGGGCUCCAAGGAUGAGGAGCAAAAGGCGCCCGGGUUUUGCUUCUCCCCAAUAACGCUGACCCUGGCUGUGCCACUCUGCUCUCAGGGAGCAGACGGCAAGCUUCUCCUCACUCCCCCCUGCCAUCCAUCCAGCUGGGUGCAGCAGCUCGGGCUGCCGUGCCUGCCGGGAGGGGCUGCGAAGUGCCCUGCCUACUGGCUGCCUCCCGAAUCCCUGCCAUUGCACACACAAACACAUCCACACACACUCUGCCUCGCUCACGCACGGAGCUACACGCACACGCGAGCGCAUUCCUCCCUUCAUUCUCUGUCUCAGCCCCUGACUUCUACAAGCCCAUGGAACAUUUCUGGAAAGACACUCUUGAUCCAGCAGGGUGGCCGGUCGGCUGCUGAGCCCUCUGCCGCGCGGAGAGACCGUGUGCGCCUUGCCCACGGCCACUGACCAUGACCAUGACCCUCCACACCAAAGCGUCUGGAAUGGCCCUGCUGCAUCAAAUCCAAGGGAACGAGCUGGAGACCCUGAACCGCCCGCAGCUCAAGAUCCCCCUGGAGCGGCCCCUGGGCGAGGUGUACGUGGACGGCAGCAAGCCCGCGGUGUACAGCUAUCCCGAGGGCGCCGCGUACGACUUCAACGCCGCGCCCGCCGCCUCCGCGCCGGUCUACGGCCAGUCGGGCCUCGCCUAUGGCUCCGGGUCCGAGGCGGCGGCGUUCGGCGCCAACGGCCUGGGGGGCUUCCCGCCGCUCAACAGCGUGUCUCCGAGCCCGCUGGUGCUGCUGCACCCGCCGCCGCAGCUCUCGCCCUUCCUGCACCCCCACGGCCAGCAGGUGCCCUAUUACCUGGAGAACGAGCCGAGCGGCUACGCCGUGCGCGAGGCCGGUCCUCCCGCGUUCUACAGGCCAAAUUCAGAUAAUCGGCGCCAGAGUGGCAGAGAGAGAUUGGCCAGUACUGGUGAUAAGGGAAGCAUGGCCAUGGAGUCUGCCAAGGAGACCCGCUACUGUGCAGUAUGCAAUGACUAUGCCUCAGGCUACCAUUAUGGAGUAUGGUCCUGUGAGGGCUGUAAGGCCUUCUUCAAGAGAAGUAUUCAAGGUAAUAGACAUAAUGACUACAUGUGUCCAGCUACCAACCAGUGCACGAUCGAUAAGAACAGGAGGAAGAGUUGUCAGGCCUGCCGGCUCCGGAAGUGCUAUGAAGUAGGCAUGAUGAAAGGCGGAAUACGGAAAGACCGAAGAGGAGGAAGAAUGUUGAAACACAAGCGCCAGAGAGAUGAGGGGGAGGGCAGGAAUGAUGUGGGGUCUUCCGGAGAUGUGAGGGCUUCCAACCUUUGGCCAAGCCCUCUCUUGAUUAAGCAUACUAAGAAGAACAGCCCAGCCUUGUCCCUGACAGCCGAUCAGAUGGUCAGUGCCUUGUUGGAGGCUGAGCCCCCCAUAAUCUAUUCCGACUACGAUCCUUCCAGACCCUUCAGUGAGGCUUCGAUGAUGGGCUUGCUGACCAACCUUGCUGACAGGGAGCUGGUUCACAUGAUCAACUGGGCAAAGAGGGUGCCAGGCUUUGUUGAUUUGAGCCUCCACGAUCAGGUUCACCUUCUGGAAUGUGCCUGGCUAGAGAUCCUGAUGAUUGGACUUGUCUGGCGCUCCAUGGAGCAUCCAGGGAAGCUCCUAUUUGCUCCCAACUUGCUCCUGGACAGGAACCAGGGAAAAUGUGUAGAGGGGAUGGUGGAGAUCUUUGACAUGUUGCUGGCUACGUCAUCUCGAUUUCGCAUGAUGAAUCUCCAGGGAGAGGAGUUCGUGUGUCUCAAAUCCAUCAUUUUGCUUAAUUCUGGAGUGUACACAUUUCUGUCCAGCACCCUGAAGUCUCUGGAAGAGAAGGACCAUAUCCAUCGUGUCUUGGACAAGAUCACAGACACCUUGAUCCACCUGAUGGCCAAAGCGGGCCUGACUCUGCAACAGCAGCACCGGCGUCUGGCCCAGCUCCUCCUCAUCCUGUCCCACAUCAGGCACAUGAGUAACAAAGGCAUGGAGCACCUGUACAACAUGAAGUGCAAAAACGUAGUGCCUCUCUACGACCUGCUGUUGGAGAUGCUGGACGCCCACCGCCUGCACGCCCCAGCCAACCGGGGGGGCGCACCCAUGGAGGAGAUGAACCAGAGCCAGCUGGCCACCACGGGCUCAACUUCAGCACAUUCCUUGCAAGCAUAUUACAUCACCGAGGAGGCAGGGGCUUUCCCCACCACAGUCUGAGAGCUCCCAGGCUCCCCCAAGGUCCUGAGAAUCCCUGCAGCAUGUUACCCACGUCAUGCAUCACGAUAGCAGAGUUCUACGCGCACUCCGGCAUGCAUCCGCCAUCGUGGCUUCCUAAUAUGAGUGGCCAUCGUCUGCUUGCUCAGUUCUUAGUGGCACGCCUUCUUUUGGGAGCAGCCAAAGGGAUUCCAGGGCUAAAUUCUUUGUAAUGGCUCUCUCUGCCCCCUUUGCUACAUUGCUAAGCAUGAGGAUUCUGUAACUUUUCAUGACUGAACUCAGUCUAUGAGCUGGGACUCAGGUGACUGUGCAUUUAAGCUACUCGUUGAGACCCAGGCCUGGAGAGUGGACAUUUCAUCUCUGUGAAGCGUUCACUGGCUCUAAGAAAAAGCCACAGGAAAGGCGUGGCAGUGGCUCCUUUAAUUGCUGACUUGGAGAAAGCUAGGUCAAGGGUUCAUUAUGGCAUCAUCUUGUAUUCCUAUAGUAACGGAUCGUUUUAUUAAAGUAAUACCUUAAAGCUUUUGCUCUGUUGCAUGGCUGUAGGCAGAAUGUUCAGUGAUUGUCUAUUCAUUUGCCCUAUAGGAAUACAAGAUGCCCACAGAGAAGGAAGGUCCCCUAACUGUCAAAACUUUGUCAACUUAAUACACUGCACCUUCAGAUUUGCUGAAUGCUCCUCCACUGGUUUUUGAGGACACUAUGUACACACAGGUCAUGGGUUCCAGUUAAUUCUCGCUUCCCAUGGACCCAUCAACAGCAAGUUGAUCCCAAUUAAGUCACCUCUACAUAUACCAGUUUCCCUUUGAGGGAUAAAUUCUUGUGUUUUGUUUGUUUUGUUUUGUUGUUUUGUUUUGUUUUGUUUUCAUUUGAUGAGAGAAAGCCCUCUCCCCUCAGGACUUGCAGUAAAUCCGCUUCAGGACCUGUUCUGGUGUGGUCUCACACUUGCCAGCAGAGGGCGCUCUACUCGGAUCUCCCUGGUGUGUGACUUCACACGGAAGGUGAAUUAGUCGCUUGUAGUGCCCAGCAUAUGGCCAAGAACGGUUCAAAAGAGUGGACACCCUGGUGACACUUUUAGCCCUGGGGAGCUGGGGUAAAUAGUAAAUGUGCAUGAUUAUUGUAAGUCUUGGAGAACAGGAGGGCAGAAACCAGAUAAACCUGAGAGGCUCAUGGUGGACGUGCACAGGCCACAGGUACCCCCGAGAGCCCCUGGCAGGCCCCAUGUGCACUGUGGGGCUGCCCUGGGAUCCGUGGGAAGCCCUUCUGUCCUUGCCACCCUGGCUGGCAGCAGCAGCAGUAGAAAGCCACAUUCCUGAGGUUUUCCCAGCACACUUUGGGGUGACGGGGCCAGAGGGCCGGGAUCAGAGACACCCUACUGGGGUUGCCGGGGACCUGGUCAGCCUACGUGUGUUCUUGGUUGUCUAGAGCUCAUCCAACAACCAGGGUUUGGCCUUGGGGAAAAAACUUCCCCCAAAGCUCAUUUCAUCCAACUUCAUAAGCCAAGCAAGCGUGUCUAAAGUUGGGCCAUAGGAGUCCGUUGACCUAUAGGCUAAACCAGAAAGGCUCGCUGGGGCCACAGGGCAGUCUUCCCCAGGCCUUUGCAUCUCCAGAGCCAACUAUGGGUCAUCUCUUCUUCUCAGCCAAAAAGUAAGUCUGGUUUCCUCCAGUGACUUCAGUUUCUAUGAUUUGAACCCCAUUGAGAGGUGAUGUGUUAGCCAACAACACAGCCAAGCUUCGAGGGCAUCUCUUGGGACGCCUGUUUCAAAAGGUGGAUUUCAUUCAUUUUUGAUUACUUAGUAAGCGAUCACCAAAGGACUGGGAACCUGGGAGGGCCAAAAAAAAAAAAAAAAAAGUUAAGUUUUUUUUCAUUUUAUGUGCAUCUGAAUUUAGGGGCAAUUUUGUGUAUCUGCAGUAAGGAUAUGUUUAGAACAUAAUUCUUUUGUUUUUGUUUAAGAAGCACCUUAUGUAGUAUAAUAUAUUUUGUUUUUGAAAUUGCAAUGCUUGUUUAUCAGACAAUUGAAUGUAGUAAUUCCGUUCUGGAUUUAAUUUGACUGGGUUAACAUGCAAAACCCACGAAAAAUAUUUAGGUUUUUUUGUAGAGCUACCUUGUCAUGUAUGCGGUCGUUGAUGCCUAAGGCCUGGUGAUUAUUCAUUUAAAUGAAGAUCAUAUUUCAUAUCAACUUUUGUAUCCACAGUAGACAAAAUAGCACUAAUCCAGAUGCCUAUUGUUGGAUAUUGAAUGAUAGACAAUCUUAUGUAGCAGAGAUUUUGCCUGCAAAGGAAAAUUAUUCAGGGCAGCUAAUUUUGCUUUACCAAAAUAUCAGUAGUAAUAUUUUUGGACAGUACCUAUGGGUCAGUGGGUUCUUUUUAAUGUUUAUACUUAGAUUUUCUUUUAAAAAAAUAAAAACAGACAAAAAAAUUCUAGUACUAUAGAUGAUGUAAUACCAGCUAAAUCCAAACAAUAAUAAAGUGGAGGGUUUUACAUUAUUCAUCUAAUGUGUUUGUAUUCAUGUUAAGAUACUACUACAUUUGAAAUGGGCAGAGAACACCAGAUGGUUGGAGUGUUAGCCCAGGAAUCUCAAAUAAUUUUAGAAAUCUCUUCUCAUUCUUAUUUGAAGUGCCACUAAUGGACAGCUGACACUUUGCAGCUGAUACUGCUGUUGGGGGUAGGGAACAUGUUGUCUUCCCCACCCCCUCCACACUCGGAGGCAAUUUAAGUUUUGAAAGACAUGAUCAACCUGGGGUUAGGGUAGGGUGGGGAACUAGGGUCAGGAAUUUGGAGAGUGGAAAAUACAGUAAUAAAAGCCUUGAAAGUAUUUUGAGGCAGAUCGAUACUGGCACCUGGGGUAUGCACCAGGGUUCUGUAUUCCACUAGUGUCCUGUAAACUACAAAUGACAGCCAUUUCUAAAAUGGCAGCUGGAAUUCUAUGGAAGAAGAAGCGUCAUCCACGGUCUAAGGUCUAAGUCUAAGGAACUGCUAGCGGUCUAUGGUUCUUUUGGCCAUUGCCAAGCUCCAGGCUUGCAGUUUACUAUGGUAAUGAUUCCGUAAUGCUGUCAUGCAACAGAGAGGCUAGUUCAUCCAAAGAGAAGACCCUACGUAGGUCGCAAAAUCCAGUCCCUAAGGAAGUUCAGUCAUUGGUUAGAUUUUCCUAUUAAUCUUGCAAGGCCGUCUAACCAUGCCAUAUCCCAUGCUUUCUGGGGGCUGAACAAAUAAGGGACUUACCGAUAAUUUACUCUUGAUCACAUUAAGGUGUUCUCGCAUGAAAAUCUUAUACAUUGAAAUGGCCACUGAUUUAGGCCAUCAGUUUAGAAACCAAUUCCAAAUCCCUUCCUAUUCAUACUUUCCUACUCUGAGAUGGCCUGUGGAUGCCGGGAAUCGUCACUAGGACCGUAGUAAUGUCUAAUAUUCACAGGCAAAUCUGCUUUGGGAAACUAGUUAUUUGGAAGGCAAAUAGAGUUGUAUAGUAGUUUAUGAGGCAACCAUGAUUCUUUUCAGUACAAGGCUUGGGAGGAUGAUCCAGAUUACACUGCACUCUUCCCAGGUGAACUCCCUGAAAACUUACUCUCAACUGGAGCAAAUGAAUUAAACUGUGGUUGGUCCCAAAUAUUCAUCUUUUCAUUAGUGUGAUUCCUCUAACUGCAUUUCCUUUUCAUCUGGAUUAAAGUGAGUGUGGCCUCUUUCUAAGUCGUUUAAAAUUGUUUUCUAAGUAAUCGCUGCCUCUGUUAUGGCACUUCAAUUUUGCACUGUCUUUCAGAGACUGAAGAAAAAUUUCUAUUCUUUUUUUUUUUUUUGCAUCCAAAUGUGCCUGAACUUUUUAAAUAUGUAAAUGCUGCCAUGUUCCAUAUCCAUCUUCAGUGUCUUUGUACAGAGCUGUGUACCCUGGAAACAACAUUCAGCCCCAUGAGCAGGUGCCUGAGAUGUGGACCCCUUUGCAUUUACAGAGAGGUCAUUGGUCAUAGAGACUUGAAUUCAUAAGUGACAUUAUGCCAGUUUAUGUUCUCUCACAGCUUAUAAACAAUGCUUUUUGUACACAACAUAUUCUUCAAUGUAGAGCUCUUGUUUUAUGGGAAAAGGCUGAAAUGCCAAAUUGUGUCUCACGGUUUAAUAUGCCUUUUCGCUGAUGCAUACUAUUAUCGAUGUGAUUCUGUUUUGUUGCAGCUUUGCUUUGUUUAAUGAAACACAAUUGUAAACCUCUUUUGCACCUUUAAAAAGUAAGGAGUCCAGUGGGAUGCUCAAGCACCUGUAAACAAUUUUCUCAAUCUGUUUGAUGUUCAAAUAAAAAAUUAAACAAAUGACAA